UCGUGACGUCUGAACGGCAUCCGCGUUUUUGUCCGCAUGCGCGGUGACGCACGCUAACGUCACUCCGAAGCCCUGCCUUCUGCCCCAAACGGGCUUCUUCCACAGGUGGUUGCGGUCUGGGUGGAAACCUGAGUGAGCCUUUCCACUGUUAAGUGGGCAACCUUUAGCGCUAUGGCCGUCGCGUUACCGGCAGUCGUAGAGGAGCUCUUGAGCGAGAUGGCCGCGGCGGUGCGGGAGUGCGCGCGAAUUCCUGAUGAGCAUCUAUUAUCGCUGAAGUUCGUCUUUGGCUCAUCAGCCAUCCAGGCCUUGGAUCUAGUUGAUCGACAGUCUGUUACUUUAAUUUCAUCACCCAGUGGAAGGCGAGUUUACCAGGUACUUGGAAGUUCUGGUAAAACAUACACUUGUUUGGCUUCUUGUCAUUACUGCUCAUGUCCUGCGUUUGCCUUCUCAGUGCUACGGAAGAGUGACAGCCUACUGGAGGCUGUGAUGCCCAGAACUGUAGUGGCCAUCUUGUGACCAUGAAGGAGAAGCCUGAAAAUACAGCCAGUGGCAAAGCAGAAGAAAAAAUCUCAGGUCCUUGACAUCUUUGAACAACCAGCCCAACCCUAGAACCAUCAUGGCUCCAUAUACUUGUUCAAGAGAUAAAUAUCCUGAUUUCUUAUACCACUGUAAGGUAUUCUGUUACCUGCAGCCCAAAGCAUACAUUCUGGAGGGGAUUUUCAUCUCUCUAGUUCAGCUCCCACUAUUUCACAAAUGAAACAGAGAUACAAAGUCUUUGAAUGUAAUAAGCCAAUACAAACCAAAGAUCAAAAACUAAGUCAGGACUCCCAAGCCUGUGUUCCUCGCACUAUAUUGUACUGCCUUUUAUUUUACUUUAAAGGGAAUAUUAGAUACAGAAUAACCUGUACAGAGUGCUCAUGGAAGUAGCUUCCCGCUACAUCUAUGGGAGGAAUCCACCUACAUGUAACCAUUUCAAAACUGCUGUGUCCUGCACAUGUACAUAACUCUUUAUGGCAAAGUGUCUUAUGUAAGGAAAGAAAAAACAGUCGAUCUUAUGAGAGGAGCAGCUGGCCACAGGCCUCUCUGGACUCCCAUCACCACCUCUGCUGGUUCAUUAUUCCAAAGAGUUCAUCCCUUGUACCACAUUCUGUGAGGUACUGGAAACUCAAUCUCUGCCCUCAUAGAAUAUAAGCUAGUGGAAGAAACAAAAUCAAGAAGUAAACACAAAUGUUUCACCCUGAAUUGGGAUGGGUUCAGCCGUACCAGAUUGAGUAGGAUGCAGGGAUAGAAAGCCAAGGAGGACUAUGCUAUAUAUUGGUUAUCAGGGAAGGCCUCUCUUAUGUGGAAAGCUAAUGGAUGAGAAGAAGAGAAAACUUUGCACAAACAUUCCAAGAACAGUGCAUACCCCGGUCUCAGAAGGAAAGAAUAUUACUUUCCGAAAGCAAAAAGAAACACGAAUUAGCCUAGAUGAGUCAGGAGCCAGUUCAUAGGCCAUGGGAGCCAUUGGAGGCUCAUAAGUGAAAGCCAUGGCACCAGUUUUUGUUGUCUAAAGCUCACCUGGCCACAGUUUGAAGACUGGACUUCAGGGGAGUAAAAAGAGAAGUAGAGGUCAGUUAGGAAAUUAUUUCAGUAGGUGAAUCAAGAGAAAAUGUUGCCUUGGACCAGAGUGACAGCCAAGAUGAUGCAAGUGGAUAAGCACUUUGGAGGGAGAACCAACAGGUCUUGAAGAUGGAUUAGAUGUAGAAAGAUUAAAAAUCAAGGAAUCCUAAGGGUUUUUCCUCCCAGUGUGUAAAAAUUUACAGGAAUGGGAUUUAAGAGAAGGGUGGGUUGCAAGGCAAUUACGGUUAAGGGAAUGGUGAGUGUUAGGAAGCUGAUGAAAAUGAUCUGUAGAGAGAAUGCAGAAAGAAAGAUCAGGUAGGGCUGGGGAUUUAGCUCAAUGCUUCCAUUGCCUGCUUCGCAAGCACAAGGUCCCGAGUUUGAUCCCUAGUACCAAAAAAAAGAAAGAUCAGGUGAUGAAAGAAGCUAAGACUGAGGAGGCUGGACGAUGCAGGGUCCAAGGCACAUGUGGAGGGACACUAAUUGCCUCAGCUGUGGCAGAAGGAAGGUUAAAAGAGCCAAAGCAUAGAGGGCAGAGGUUGCCAUAGCGACCAUGAGCACCUCCUCCCUAGGGUGAAAGACGCACUAGCUAGGUGCUGGUAGGAUAUAGCUGGCCUCCAUGGGACCAACAUGCCUUGACCUGGACACAGAGAAGAAGACAGGAAUGCUGUAGAAAGCAGGCAAAUGUUUCUGCACUGCACAGGAUACUAGGAGAGCCAACCCUUGGAGUCCCUAACAUUUCCCAAGGGAUGUCAGGAAAUGGCCUGCCCAUAUUCUCAUUUCCCUCUUCCAACUGUGUUCCAUUCUCUCCCACCCCACCCCACCCCCAGCUGCAGGCUCCAACA